AUGGCUACUCAAGCAGCUGUAGCAAGCCCGGAGCCGUAUACAGAGCUUGAGCAGGAGUCAUCGCUGGUUUCUGUGCAAAGUUCACACCCUAAAGCGCAAGCCUUUGAUCCUCUGGCCUUUCCGAAGUCAAGGAAACGACAGCUCCCUCCCAGCAGGUAUCGAUUUCGAAGUCCAAGAUAUGAUCGUGGCCCGAUGCAUCCCCAUCAGCCUCUCCAUCCUUCAGAUCCUGCAAGUCGAGAAUUCGUCCCCGGCCCCUUUUCGUCGCCUCGAGUCGAACUCGCCUACCACAGCAUCAUUGCCCCCGAUUUCAUGACAAUGUGCUAUCAACAUACACCUCCUGGCUUCAGACCCGGAGAGAAAGGCCCUCGACUACGUCCAUGGAUUGGAGAUAACCCGUAUUUUGCCAACAGACAGCUGCGUGGUCCACGUGGCGGAGACGUAUUACGACUGUUGAGAAAACCCAUCACAUUUCGAAACGUGCCCAUGGUCGAACGAGUCACGGUGCAUGCGUUCUGCAAAGGCGCUCUGAAAGGGGGCUCAGGCUAUCUUCAUGUGGCAGGCAUGAUUCUACAAGCCAUCACCAAUCAAAGGGUUGUGGUGCACAAGGCCAGAUCGAAUGAACAGGGUUGGGGCUUGAUCAGAGGUCGGCCGGUCAGUCUCACGGUGGAUUUGAAGGGUGAAGACAUGUAUCAUUUUCUAGGGAAAAUGAUCAAUGUUGUCUUGCCUCGUAUCAAGGACUGGAACGGCGUCAGGGCCACGACCGGAGACAACAGUGGCAACCUCUCUUUUGGCUUGACGCCUGAUGUUGUUGCUGGUUUUCCAGAAAUCGAAAUCAACUACGACGCCUACCCGACUAAGCUAAUACCGGGUCUUUACAUCACCAUUCACACCACAGCCAGUUGCGACAAGGACGCAAGACUCCUCCUUCAGCAACUGGGUAUUCCUUUCUAUGGCAAGAUUGUGGAUUAG